AGUAACAGUUUCUACGUCAUUUUCUAGCGCCACUGGGGUUCGUCUGCUGCUGGCCUCCGAAAUGGGCAGAACUCAUCAGCCCUGAUUUGAUGAUUGAUUUCUCACAUUUAUUCACCAAAAAGCAUCAAGUGCGAGCGAGAUACCCAUAAUGUCAUGGAUAGAUGAGGGGAUGGCCCAGGUGAGCAGGAGCUUCUCAGAGCCAAUUGCAGUGGCAUCACCUGCCUGGCAGACAGGCCCAGCUCCCUGCCCUCUGCAGUAAGGACUCCAGCCAGGACCACCAACCCCAUUCAGGACCGCCAUGAAGCCAGCCCACGAGCGCAAUCAGGAGUGCUUGCCUCCCAAAAAGCGGGACCUCCCGGUCAACACCAAUAAUAACAGCAGCAGCUACAGCAGCACUACAGGUGGUGGAGGGGUUGGACCAACAGCAACAGCAGCAGGAGGAGGAGAAGAGGCCACCUCCACCCAGAAUGCUGUGGCCAGCAGUGAUGUCCAAAGUGGCGCUGGUAGUGGGGAGUGGUUACGGGCCCAGCAGAGCCUGCAUUACAGCUUGGAAGGGGCGGAGAGCAUGUCAGGCCUGGCACCUGACCAGUACGGUAUGCUGUACAAGGUGGCCCUGCCGUCAGUCACCUACGCCUCCACCAGCCUACACCCUGUGCUCAGCCACAUGUCCCCUGCCUACACCGUCCCCUCUUCUCUGCUCCAGCACGCAGGCCUGUCCUACCCUUCACUCAGCUACGCCCAGAUCCCCCACUCCUCGCUGCAGUUUGUUGGCUCCCCGUACGCGGCCGUGCCCUACGCCGUGCCCCCUGGCUUUGUCCACAACUCCCUCCUCUCGCCCCAGUCAGCCAUCCCCCAGCCCCACGCCGUCCCGCACCUGGUCCCGUAUCCAUCGGUCAUCCAGGAGGGCGUGAUGUCCUCCCCGCCCCAAACGCAUGUGUCAGCCCACGCCUAUGCCAAAGUGGCCGCAGCUGCCGCCGGAGGGGUGCCUCUGGUGCUCUCCUCUGACCAGGCAGCAGCGGCAGCCCAGCAGCAGCAGCUGGGGGCGGUGGGGGUCCUCUCUGCUGCUGAGCUCAGCCCCAGAGGAGUGCCGGUGUUCUACCAUACUCCCAGAGCACAGGCCUCCAGAGAGGCCAUGGAGCAGGAGCGGGAGAGGGAGUUGAACGGUGGGGAGAGAGAGCAGCAUGCGGCCAGAGAGCUGCUCCAGAACUCGACCCACGCGCACAGGAAUGCUCGACUGCUGCAGGCGGCACCGGGAGCGCCCGCCUUGGACUCCCAACACCAGGAGCGUGGCUUGAAGGGUCGGCGUCCCGAUGAGAGGGCCUCGCCAGGCCAGCGCAGCACACCGGACACAGACCUGGAGGUCCAGCAAGUAGUCGGAUACUUGGCGUCUCCUGUUCAGGCUUGCAGUCGCAAAGAAGCCCUACAUGGUCCCCUCAACCUGUCCCAGAGCUCCCAGCGGAGCAGAGAGGCUCAUGGGGAGGGUAGGAUGGUGUAUGCGUCACCCCCAGUCGCCAUGCCCACUGAGCUGCGAGCUCCAGCACACGCCCAGCAGGCGGUGCAGGCCCAGACGGGCCACCACGCCGUCUUCCUGGCCAACGGCCAGCCGGUCCUCAUCCCCCUGGACUACCACCGCCAUGCCCAGCCACAGCAGCAGCCACACCCGUACCCCGGCCAGCCCAACGACGCAGCUGCCGCCCCCAUGGCCUCCCCGUCGCCUUACCCCAAAGCCCAUGAAUACCCAGCCGCGUUGUGCCUCCCGGAGCGGGCCGCGGCGCCCGAGCUCCAGCAGCCUCCCCCGGCUCAGGCCAUCCCCGCGGCCAUAGCCCUCGCCCCAGUCCCACUCCCCGCCCAGGCCCUGGCCCCCCAGGCUUCAGCCCCUGGCGCUGGGCCCUCGCACUUCAUGAAGGGGGCCAUCAUCCAGCUGGCCACAGGCGAGCUGAAGCGGGUGGAGGACCUACAGACGCAGGACUUUGUGCGCAGCGCGGAGGUGAGCGGCGGCCUGAAGAUCGACUCCAGCAUGGUGGUGGACGUGCGCGCCAGCCAGCAGCGGCCCGGCCUGGUGGCGCUGCACUUCAGCGUGGGUGAGCAGCAGAGCAAGGUGACCAUCGACGUGCCGCCCGAGCACCCCUUCUUCGUCUUUGGCCAGGGCUGGUCGUCCUGCAGCCCCGAGCGAACGGCGCAGCUCUAUGGCCUAGCCUGCCACCACCUGCAGGUGGGCGACGUGUGUGUGUCCAUCGCUCUGCAGCAGCCCCCGCCGGCCCAGCAGAAAGCCCAGCCACAGCAGCAGCCACAGCAGCACCACCACCAACAACAACAACAACAACAACAACAACAACAGCAGCAGCAGCUGGUACAUGCCAGGACUCCCACCAAAUCAAACUCCACAUCGGGGGCCCUGGCCCAGCCAAUGGGGCCCCCGGCGCCCCAGCACACGCGGCCCCACAGCCAAAGCCACUUCAGGAUGGAGCGCGUCCAGCGCGAGAGGGACAGGGAGAGGGCGGAGAAGGACGAGGUCAUGCACGUAGUGCCGCUGGGACACGCCGAGGCACUGCCCCGGCCCAACAGGACUUCUGCCGAGCAUCCACGGAGCCACAGCAGCUACUAUUUGCACACGGAGGGCCACUCGCGGCACGAGCCGGUCAGUGGCGGCGGCAGCGGUGGUGGUGGUGGAGGGAGCUUUGCGCUCACCUCAUCCAGCGCGGCGGCCCAGAGGCGCUGGUCGGCCCCCGGCACCCAAAGAUAUGCCGUCAAGAGCGAGGAGAGCCGCAUGGCGGGCCCCUCACGGCCCUCUUUCAUCCCUCAGGAGGUCAAGUUGUCCAUCGAGGGCCGCUCCAACGCCGGCAAGUAGCAACAGCACACAGAUUGUCUGAAUGGAAAGGGUUGGUGUGAUUGCAGAAAGUGUCUGAACUGGAGGAGAGAGGGAAGAACAACAGAGAGAGCGAGAGAGAGCAAGAGAGAGGGAGAGGGAGAGAAAAAUAAAGUGGGAGAGAUUGCGAGAAUGAGAAUGUAGCCUCAGAAUGUUUUUUGAGAUUUUGCACACACAUAAGAAGACUACACUUUUUUUUGUUUUCUUUUCUUUUCCUGGUUUCAGGCGUGAGGGGCGCGCUCAUGGAUUACGGGUCAUUUUCGGACCAGCGCACCCAGAGCGAACCUUCUGCUCCUGGGCCUCACUUAGCUGGCCAACUCCCCCCUUUACCAAAGCCUGGGGCAACUCUGCCCUACCUCCCUCUCUCCCUCCCUCUCUCUCUUUCUUUCUCUCUCUCUCUGUCUCUCUCCUGCAGAAGAUGUCCAGCCAUCAGUCACGCACUCACAUUCUCCCUGCCCUGAAAGUCCAUCACCUCGGCCCAUUAGAGGGUGGCAGUGAGGGUGGGUGCUGCACUGGAGAAAUGGCACUCCUAAACACUCCCCUCCCCUCACACACACACACACACAUGUUUUUUUUCCCACAGCAUUCUCAUCCCAUGAUCUAGUGAAUAGACCAACGGUAAAUUUUAGUUUUAAAUUUCCCUUUUUUUUUUGUCUUUUUGAAACCCACUGAAUGGAAAAGACACAAGGCACACUUGAAGGUUCUCUGUAUGCAGAUUUGUCUCUCGGUCUCUUGCCUUGCAGAUACUACCCUCUUGAGCUCUCAGCCAUGUCCGCACCCAAAAGACUUCUUACCUCCUUCCUCAGCUGUCCUCUUGUGUCUUGUCUCAGGGUGUGUUGAUGUUUUGGGGGUGAGGGUUGGGGGGGUGAUGGUGUUUCAGGAGAUUCAGGCAAUCGGAACGACACCUGACGAACACCUCAGAUGCUGACAGCCGCGCCCAGCUCGGAUCAUAAGCUCGCCUGGCGAAAUCACACGCCACCCGUGCCACGGUUACACUAUCUGUUUUUUUAUAUAUAUUUCUUUUUUUUUUUUUCUGAAGAGAUUCUGAAACUCUGCAUUCCAAUGUCCUAGUGUGAUGGCUUCUCAGUACCUCUAUGGACAGUAUACCUCUGUGUGUGUGUGUGUGUGUGUGUGUGUGUGUGUGUGUGUGUGUGUGUGUGUGUCUGUCUCUGGCCAUUGACUGUUGGUUCAGCCAUGCUUGUGCGUGCUUUCUCCUGCUUUAGAAGCAAUGUUUGGUGUGCACCAAAGUCCCCAGCCCUACUUCUUUCUCCUUUUCCUCGUCCUCUUCCUGCUUCUUGUCAUCAUCAAGGAGGGACAGCCAGGCCUGGCUGCCGACGACUGGUCUAUCCCCGUGGCGACGUGUGACCCCCUUACUCCUGCGCAGUUACCAAAAUCCGAAGCAAUAGUCCAGUCAGAGCACGAGGCUGGUUAUGUUCACCACUCAGUAGUUUUGUCUGAGUUUUUUUGGGGAUGGAGUGUUGUUAUUUUAAUAUCGGCUCUGAUUUAGUAUGUUUUUGUGCUACAGCCAUAGUCUCUGCCCCUCAGGCUUCCAUUUUACCCCAACCCUACCCCACUGGCCAGAAAUGUCCGUUUUGUUGUCCCCAUGUUUUUGAGAUAAAAGCUCAGAUGUUUAAUGUUACUACAGGAUCACUGUCAAACAACGCAUGUUGGUAUUUACUUUUUCCUUUAUAUUCGGAAAAACUAAACGGGAUACUCACCAUUUUUCCAAAUCUCUGCGGUCGGAUGCUUUUGCCCAGCCGUCUGCAUUUUCCCAGGGAUCCAUAAUGAUCUACCUUUCCAGACUUCAUCAAGAGAGACUUGGCUCCCAGUCUAUGCCGAUGAGCUUUUUAAAGUCUUUUGUUUUCCUCCCCCUCUUUUUGUAGUCAAUGUAUUCUUGUACAGUAUAUAGGAAUCCUCUCUUCUUCUUACUGUCUCUGGCAAUAUUAAUACUGCGUGGUUCUUAAGAUUGUCUUGCAUUGCACAUAUUAUGAAAUUUCACCAAUUGAUUCACACUGACAUUUUAAUGGGAAUCAAAAUAUCUAUAUGACUAUUUUAGCUUUUUUAAAUGAAGGGAAAGAAAACAUAGUUUUUGCAAGUGCGAAAGAAAAGGUUUUUCUCAAGGAAUUUUGAUGGCUAGAAAAUACUGACUGGCAUGGUAGACACUGUUUACAAAAUUAGCCAAGAGAAAUGCUGCAGUUUCAAUUUUCUUACACUGAUAAGUUAGUCACACAUGAUUUUGAAAUGGUGGAAAAUAAGUGCAAUUAGACCUGGUGUUUAAAAUUAAACAAAAGAAGAUAUGUAUUUGUUGGAAACGGCAUUCCAAAACCCAAGCCUGACAUUCCCAUUAUCCCAUCACAUUUUUCAGUGUUCUUGUUUGUGUCCUUGUUUUUUUCUUUUUCUUCAAUCUUUCAUUCUUACUCUCCAUCUGGUCCUUAACUGCAUGAUGUUUUGCGCAAUCCCCAACCCCCCACCCACCCCUAUGAUCAGUCCCUUAGUUCCCACACCAGACAAAUAGCCCACGGAUUUUCCACGUCCCACAGUCUAAUCUUAAUUCUUCCAGUCUCAGAGAAGGCGUGAAGUCAAGGCAUGAUAAAUUAAGCAUUGUCUUCUCUAUACACCCAUUUGAGGUAGUGUUUCAUCGAGGCCUUCCUUCUGUCUGUCUGGCUAACUGGCUGACUGAGUCAUGAGACUUUGGUUUCCCAACACAUACUACUAGUUGAAUAUGUGGCCUACAUGCUGUGCCAGCUCAAAAUAAAAAAAAACCUGCUAUACCCAUUAACCAUAUUUUGGUGGUGAGGUCCAAUUUUGAUAUAUGUCUGUUUCAGUGACUGUAUGUUAGGAUAACAGGCUCCUGCAGCUGGUCCGUUACACCCAAAUUAGCCUCCAAGUGUGAGGCCUCUGCUGAGUCUGUGGUCAUGUCUUUCAUAGUAACCAUGAGGACCUCUUUCGUUCCACUGCACGUUCCACUCAAUGCACUGGUGUAGAACCCGGUCUGUAAAUCUUUCAGGAUUCUGUGACAACACAGUGCACUUUACCCCCCCUCCAUGUCAGAUAGCCAGCCCUGUGAAAGAACAGGGACAGACAGACAGGACAGGACAAACAGACAUUUCACCACCUUUCUUAGUAUUCUGUUUUUGUCUGUAUGCGGUAUGGUCGGGUUCGACCUCGUGACCAAAAUGUUACUCAUCUGUUGCACAGUGAAUACAGUGUGAUCAUAUGGGUCCAUAGAACAGCACAGAUACUUUCAGUUUCCGUGUUGGACUAUUUUUAGUAAUAUUGAUUUUUGUUUGUUUCAAGUAUAUGGCUGUGUCAGUUUUCUGGUGUCAGAGAAGCAAUAUCCUCAAACGAAAUACCUGAGAAAAAUAAGUCAUUUUUUUUAGCAUGUGCUAUGCAGUAAACCUUUUGAAUUGUUCCUCCUGCCUGCAGUCCCCAGGCACACACAGAACAAUUACUUUAACUUCAGUUGUUUCUAAUGUUUUAACCGUCUGCUUUCCAUGCAUCAGUCCUACAAAUAAUAUGGUUCCUUGAUUACCAGUAGAGGUAUGUAGGUAUGGGUUUUAAAUUUUUUUUCUUUUUUUUUCUUCACCUUUUAUCUCCCUAGGGUUACAGUCCCAAGUACUGUAGGUAUUGUCUUGAGAAAUCAGCAUGGCCUAUUACCUCCUCACUGCUGUUUGCAUCUUGCAGCACGGUAGCGUCUUUCUCUCUGCUGAUGAUUUAAGACAGCACAGUAAUGAUGAUGUUGAUGGUGAUGAUAAUGUCAAUGGCGGAUGGUUGCGCUUUUUCUCUGGGUCCCCCUGUGCACUGCCUUACCAAAUGUCUGCCUGCUCUUCGGUCUCGUAGCGCACUCUGUUGUCAGGACAGCCCGUGAUGGCGUUUUGCACUGGAUUUGCAAAGUGUCUGAGAGUGGCCGAGCACAUUCGCACUACGAGAAGAGAAGGCAGCUGCAGGAAGCUAUGUCUGUGCCUUUCUGUUGUCCGGCCCAAUCUUUGUACCUUCCGCCUUUUCACAUCUAUAUAGAGCUCCUUUUGGUUCCUGCCUUGAGAGUUGUGAGUGAUCGGUCAAGGCCCUUACCCCUUACCCCUUACCCCUUACCCUGUCUUUGUCCGCGAGUCAGAUAUUUACCCCUAGUGUGUUUGAUAGAUGUCGUGUAGUUUGGUCGAGCCUGCUGUAAGUUACCUCCCCAUGGGGCAUGCGAAAGCCACCCCUUCCUCCUUUCCUGACGUUCCUCUUUGGACUCAGUUUGGUUAGGGCCCCCCCCCCUUAAAUGGUUCUGACACCUCACACGAGCGGUAGCAUAGCAUUAGUCCAUAGGGUAACCUUUCACCCCCCACUGCAUAUACGUAAGCCCCUUUAACCUGAAAUAUACCCCUCAGGAUGGGGUGGAGAGAUGAGGGGAACCUCUCAUCGAUAUGUAACCUCACAAAACCUGUCCCUGAAGGACAAGGCCCUCCUUUACACUUGUCUUACUGAAUUGAAGACAUGUUGCACUUAUUUUCCCUCUUGUUAUAGUGUGUUAAAAAAAAAUGGUGAAAAAAGAAAGUCUUUUAACUGUUGGCUAUCGGUGAUAUUUUUUUUCUUCUUCUUCUUCUUUUUUUUUUCUGAACUAUUUAAUCACACAUGAAACCAUUUGAAAACAAUCAUCCAACUGAUGUAUGUGUGUGUUUUGCGUGUAUGUAUGUUUGUACAGAUAAAAAAAAGUAAGUUUAGUAUAUUACAAAGCUUGUUGUUAUAACGCCUUAAAAUAUGUGCAUCAUGCAAUACGUCAGUGGAAUAACUUUUUUUUUUUGUACUUCCCCCCCUUCUCCUGCUGUUUUUGUUUCUUCUUUCUUUUGUUCUGGAGAGGUGCUGAUUUCUCUCUGAAGCACUGGCUCUGUGGCAGGCGUGAGCUGGCAGAUGUAGCAGUGGUGGUGCACACUACCCCAAACCCACCACUGUCUUGUACUGUUUUGGUGGGAGGAUAGUCAGAAGUGCAGCAUAUCACUAGGCUGGACUCAUUCACACUGCUAGUGAGAUGGUUUGACCCUCAGCCAUAGUGCUUCUUCCCAGACAGGCUUUUAAAAAUGUUGAUUCAUUAGAGCACACAUCGCAUGCUUUUUCUUUUUUUUUUUUUUUUAAUAACUCUGCCUUUUCGGUAUUUAUUUUGGCCCUCGUGUUAUCAUGACAAGAGCGAGGCAAGCAGUCAACCCAUGUGUCUUCUUCUAACACAGACAUACUCGCCCCCUUCCCCUGCACAGCUGAUAUCAUGGUGUUUCUGAACAGUGCACUCAAAAUAGAGGUUGGCCUCAUCCUUCUUCUAUUAUAGUAACCUUUCCUGUCUUUGCACCAGGUAGUUGUACAUUUGAGCACAGUGCUAUCAUUUUUGUUUCCCCGUCAAACAAAUUAUUUUCAGUGUCAGAGAAAGGCUGUAUGAAGUUUGUUUUGAGUCCCCAUGCUGUGGUAUUCGUAUCGUUGGUCUGAGGGAAAUCUAGGAUGUCAAGAAAAACAUGUCCUUCUUACUCGAGUUUGGCCAUGCUUUGUGGAAUCAAGAGAGUUGAUUUUCUUUAUACUUUUUUUUAAUUUCUCCCUUUUUUUGUAAACGGUUUAAAGUUUUAAAGGAAUAGUUAUGUACUUUCAAAUUCAACAUUGUACUUUUGGCACUAAGUGACACUGCUUUUUAAUGUGAUGUGUGACCAGUUUUAAAAAAACAAAACAGCAUCUUUUAAUGCAUAAAAAUCUGCAAAAUAUAUGCAAUGAUGUAUAUGUCAUAUUCAAUCCUCAAGUAUAAUCCAGGUUGUAUAAACUUUGUAUAGUGAGUUUUAAAAUUGUAUGGCCGUACCAAUAUGUAUUAAUUCUUAUCAAAAGCCUUAGAGUUGUCUACCCAAAGUGCUCCCUUAGAAUCACCCUUCCACCUACCUGAACUUUUCAAAAGCAUUAAUAACUAUAUUUUGUUUGCGUUUUUAUUUGUACCCUUUUUUUGAAUAAAAUAGAUUUGUACUGUAUAUUUGUACCUCUCUGUGAACUACUUAGGGCGGUUUCGUUUGUUUUCUGUUUUUGUUUUGCCGUUUUAAUUCUAUGUAAGGACACAAAGAUAUUGUAUUUUUAUUGUUACAGCUAACUUCUUGGAAACUUUGCAUUUAUCAUGUUUGUUAAGUAAAUACAAUAUAAUAUAUAUAUAUAUAAUACUACUAACUUGAUCCGAGUACUCUUUCAACCACAGUUAAGAAUGUUUUGCAUUACACCAAUAACCUGACAGAUUAAUGUGCUAUUUGUAUGCUUUGUACUUGCAUGCAAAAAGGUCAUAUCAUAAGCCACACUUCCCACUUCACUUCACACUUCAAGCAGAUCUUAAGAUGAGACAGGGUGGCAUCUUCUAGUUGGGUCAUUGUGCUGGAAAGAAUGGAGUGAAAUUGACCCGAGACUGUUUAACGGUCGAGUAGAGUGUGUGCUCUCCCGUUUGCCCUUUACAUAACCCAGGGUUGCAUUUGGACAAGUCCACAUUGUGUGUGUUUCCCAGUGUUACACGGCCCCUGUCUGACCAUGGGAAAUAAUAGAGCCCUUUGUAGAGCAAAAGUAAGGAAGGUCGUUUCAGAGCGGGCCACUUUAUGUUUGCUGACUGGAGCAGCGAGUGAGGUUUGAGUAAGUGAAUUAGAGUGAGAGAAAGAGAGAGGACAACCCAACUGAGCCGUAAAGUCAAUGUUUUAUUCCACAUUCUAUUCCAGGGUCCAUUGUGAAUCUGUACCUCUGUAAAUCCAGUAACAGAGGCCAUUAAGAAAAAUGAGACGACGCAAAUACAGUGUCUUUUCCUUCUCCUCUUCUGGUUCCACUCAUUCAUUUUGGCCUUUUUUCGUAGAUAAUUCUGUAAACAUGAACAUCAAGAAAGAAUCCUGAUUUGACUGACUAAAAAAAAAAAAAAAACUUAAAAGGCAUUUAAAAAAAAAAAAACAAUCCCCCUAUUUGCAGGUUAA